UACCCUUAAGGCCAUCUCCUCGUGCUGUUGCUUAUAAAUCCUAAUCGAAAGGUAUUCCGCAUGUUCACCGGGUGGCCGGUCGCUCCGCUUACGCUGAAGUAGGCUGGUGCCGCUAGGACGAAGGUGGGUUAGUGCGCACGUGCCACCGCGUCAACAUCUUCACUCACGCUCUCUAACAUCACGACCAUUGGUCCAUUGAGAUGCAUGCACGUUUCCAGCCAUUCGCGCAAGCUUUCAAAGCACCGCGUCAAUGGACUCAGUACAGCCAGGCGCGCCAACAGCCGCGGCUAGCUGCGUCCAUCUGCCAGAGCUGCCACCGUAACUUUUCUCUAAGAUCCCCCUUGUCGGCGCUACGCAAGAUCACGCAGGCCUCCCGGCGCAGAGUAUCUACAGCCGCACAGAAUGUAAAGGACAAAAAAUACGCUGAACAGAUUGUCGUCUACGAAGCGGGCUCCAACCGCACGGCCUUCAUUGGCACUUGGAAGGCGAUAGCAUUGUUCCAAUUCGGCGUAUGUACUGUGUGGCUCGCGCCUCAUCUGUACUUGAACCAGAACCAGCCCGAUAAGAGCGUUCGUGUAUUCCAAACAGUCGGAGUCAUGGCUCUUGCGACGAUUCCCUCUAUAAUUCUCUCCUUCAUCACCGCUCCAUUCGUAACCUCCAUCAAGCUCUGGCCCAUCCCUCCUCACGCGCGGCACUCCCUGACCGCCCUUCGCUCUUUCGCUGCCAACCUCCCGGCCACCACAAAACUCACAUUCCAAACCCUCCGCAUCUUCCCAAUGCCCAAGCACACCACCAUCUAUGCGCACGAGCUGCGCGCCCUGCCACCACGCAAAUUCCGUUUCGCCAACAUCGAGCUGCCCAAGAGCGCGGCGUGGGCGCAGCGCCAGCGUGAGAAGUCUCUGUUCAAGCGAGCGUGGGAAUUUGUCGAGGAGCGACGGUUCAAGUUUUAUGUGAAGGAGGGUGUCGCGUACACGAUGAAGACGGGGGUGCCGGGGGUGUGGGAGGAGGUUGCGAGGGGGAUUAAGGCGAGGACGGAGACGAAAGGAGACAGGAAAGAGGGAGGGGGAGACAGAACGAGGAGGAUUGCGAGCAAGAAGGCUGUUCCUGCGAAAAAGGAUGUGGGGGUGCAGAUGCCUGCGAUUAGGAGGCAGACGUCGCGACGUGUGUGAGAGGAAUGUAUGAUCAGGGUGUACGGAACGUGUAAGAUAAGCUGUUCUGCUACGAACGAGGUUCGGACAGUGUAUUCAAAAUCCGUGAGUGAGAUCUGCUUAUCAGCCCUGAAUGGCUGUGUAGGCCCAGGCGUCGGCUGUGCGGGGAUCGACUCGGAUCUUUCUUGGCCUGGGAGCAUGGUGCUUGUCGAGGGCACAGACGCAAAGACCACCCUUAUGGCAGUCCUCCGAGUAAGGUUGGCCUUCAUGGUCUCAGACACAUAGUGAGAUUCUAGAAGUAUGGUUUAUUCCCCCCC